CGAGUAGCAGGGUGCUCGAAAAUGGCGACAGCCCGACAGCGUGAACAAACUCCCAAAAAAACGUCAAAAGAGAAAGUAACGAAAGUGUCACCUCACACUUUAAGAACAAGACGAUCAUCUCUUAGGACAGACGAAGAAGAUGAUGCCAAUGACCCCUCUGGGUGCAUGUCUUUGGACGUCCUUGCACAAGUUGCUUCUGCAACUUUACAGAAAGAACCCAAGAAAAAGAAGUUGAGAAAGCGGAGCCUCCAGACAUUGGAAUUGUUAGACUUGGAUCAGAUUCAAAGCUUGUCUGACAAAGCACUUCUCAGUUUCUUCUCUGAAAUGAAAUCCAACGAAAUAACACGGAACUUCACAUAUACAUGCUACCUGAUGCCGAAGAAAUGUCAAGAACAAUUCAAGAGUUUUGGAAAUGAAACACAGGCCAGGAUGAGAAUGAGAAACCACCUACAGAAACACAUUGAGAAACUUAUUGACGAGUUUAAUGAUCCCAGUGUUAAAGGGAAGUAUGUGUUUCAAGCGGAACCUAUCCAUGUAAGGAACAAGAGGAUAUCAGUUCUUGCAAGCAAAAAGAAGUCUGGAGGCAAGCGAACAAAAUUCACAGCAUUAAAACAAAGGGGUGAAAACAAUUCAGAUUCAGAGGAACAAAUCUCAAAAGGAACACUUGUGAAUGAGGACAAAUCGUUUGAUCUGGAGUGUGAGGAAAUGGCCGAGUUCUCUGAUGAUGAUGAUGAUGACGAUGAAUAUGAAAACAUGAUUUCUUCCCCUGGUAAAAGAAGCAGACUUUCCCAAAAACAGGCAAAUUUUCAGCUUCCAAAAUUUCCAGUACGUUCUGUUUCAAGGGGAAAAUCAUACGGAAAAAGAUCUGGAGAAGAUGGUAAUGACUCGGAACAAGAUGAAACUGAACGUCGAAUGGAGGAGAACGAGCAGUUUAUUAUUGAUCUGCUUAGUCGGACUCAGCCACACCAUGACCACUGCUACACAACCAUAUUUGGUAAAAAGAGAGGAAUUGAUGAUAUCGUAUUCCAUGACACUUCUGAUGAGGAAACUGAUGACGAUGAUAUUGGCGACCAUAUUCGUGCAUAUGGGAAAAAGAUCAUCCGUCCAGAGAAAGGGGUAGAACCAAUACUCUGCCUUGGUAAUGUGUCAGUCAUGGACGAGUUAACGGGGACAGGAACUGACGAAGCUUCAAAAACAAUCAUUGUGUGUGCAGAGGAGAUCAUCGACGACCUACUGCCAGACGACUAUGAAGGGCACAAUGGUCAAAGACCCUACCCACCAAUGCCAAAAUAUGCGAUUGCCAAGCGAGGUCGUAUGCAUGUCCCAGAGGAGUUUGACCCCAUCAGUGAAGAGGAGGAACCCCUCAUGCUAAACCCGAAGAGGAGGAAAAAAGGCAUGGUCACUAGCCAUGUGGACAGGGAGGUCAAUGUAGAAUGGGAAAGGAAAUUAGCAUUGAAAUGCAUUCGAGAAUUGAAGCUGAAGAAGAAAGAAGACAGAUCGCCUCUUCACUGUAGAAUUUGUAAGGAUAAGAAGUUCACAGCUAGUGCUACACUCAUGUACCACUACAGGAGCCAUGCAGGUAUCAAGCCAUUUGUGUGCCUUAUAUGCAAUACCACCUUCACCCGCCAACACAGCCUUAACUACCACAUGCUGAUCCACAACAACCAGAGUAGGUUCACAUGUAAGGACUGUGGCAGGAAGUUCAGGCAUCCAAGUCACUUCAAGGAACAUCUGCGGCGACAUACUGGAGAGACUCCAUUUGUUUGUACAGAUUGUCCUCAGAAAUUCAAAACAAGGAACACGUACAAGAGACAUUUGAAGACUAGGCAUGGCAAACUUUUGACAGCAGCAGGUAUUCGUGUUCUUAGUGUAGAAGAGUUUGCGAAAAUACGGACAAAGCCUUACCGAAGGAAUGCGUCGGAGAAAAAGUCAAAAAUUUUGUGUCGUAAUCUUGAUGCUCGUGUUAAAUCAGAACCUGUAGAUGCUGACGUCAGCAAGGGCAAGGUUGUUGUGAAAUCUGAAUCAGUUGCACAAUCGACAGACAGUGCUGACAAUGAAAGGACAGAAGGAGAAGAGGAUGAGACAGAUAGUGAAGAAGGUCAAGUGGAGGAGGAGAAUUCUAGUCUCGAACAAGAACCCUACUUUGUACCUAUCAGUAUUGUUGUUAAUACCUAAUCUACUGAAGCAGCAUUUUCAUGCUCCAACAGUUAAUGCAACGCAUCAGUGGUUUCUCAGUAUCAGUAGUAAACAUAUGCAAGUAAAUGGUCUUGUGCUCAGAUCAAUGUAGCUGCAAUAAUCACCAUUUGGCAUAAGACAUUGCAAUAUGAAAUUGUGUUUUGCCUUUCAUUUAUGGCCAUGUCCAUCAUAAAGUAUAUAGGUAUACUUUUGAAAUGGAAUCUUCUUACAGAUCUGCAAAUUGAUAUACUUAUGCAUGAUAAACUUUUAUCUUGCUCACAUCAUUUUGGGAACUUGCUUCUUAAACAGCAUUUUUCGAAGUGAAUCAUGUUCUUUACACUGAAAUAUUGCAAACUUCUUUUUCAUAUAAUUGAAAGGAUGUUUAUAUCAGUGUAUAUGUACUACAUAUAUUUCUUUAUCAGAUAAUAAUGGUAUAUAUCUAUAAGCAUCACAUGAUACAAGUCAUACAGUAUGUAUAGUCUUCUUGUUAUUUCUUGUCAUAUGUUAGGAGAUAUUUCUAUUUUUAAGGAGAAAAGUCACAAAUAUUCUGUUCAAUUGUAACUUUGUACAGAAAUCAUAAAGAGUCCCUCCAUUUGACAUAUAAAAACCACUGGAAUAGUAGAACAAAUUAUUAUAUCAUAUAGAUUUGAAACAUCUAACAUGUAAGUAAAUCAAAAUAUCUUUCUGGUUUGACGUAAUAAGUUGCCUCAUGAGUGAUUUUGGAACAUUUCAGAACGUAUGUUACUUGUUUUCUGUUCUGAAAUGCACCAGCUAGCGAGUAAGGAUGGCAGAGUCCUGUUCUAGCUGUCCUUAUACAGUAAAAUCUUUUUGUACUGCCGAUUUGUCUAGUAAAAACUCAUCUUCUUUCAUUCACUGUUUGUCCUGUAAACCAUUGUAUUAUACUUUAACUCAACUUCAACUAUUUGUCUCAUAAAUCCUAAUAUUCUUUCACCAUUUUGCAGUCUUGCCACCAUUUUCCCAUAAAAACCCGCUGUUAAACUGUUUCCAGUUGUCCUGUACAACCUUGUUAUAUUGUCAUGUUCUGUGGAAUGGGAAAGGAAAGGGGACACUGUAUUUUGAUCAGUAUGAAAUAACAAAUGAAAUAACAAGUAUAAAUAUAAAGGUUGUACUAUAAGCUUAUGUAGGGCUGUAUGCUAUCUUGUCAUGUCUUACCGGUUUGCUCUUCUUAAAGGCCAAAAAAAUGAAUUACUAGGUUUUCAGGCCCUUAUGCAUUUCAUUGAAAGUGCUGCAUUGCCGAUUUUAUUGAAAUUUUUUUUUUUAAUGGAAAUGCAUCAGCCACAAUCUUUAAAAGUCGGAAAACCGCAUAUUUGUUUGAAAUUGUUUCAAUGAUUGAAUGAACAACAAAUAAAGGCAAGCUUUUAAAUGAUUAUGAUUUGUUUACCUCAUGUUAAAGACAAAAGAUAGCAGAGAAAACGACACUCAUUUGGAUCAAAGGACCAAACAAAAGUUAAACGCUUCAGUCUUUAUUUACCAAUAACUAGCUGUGUAAUAUUAACAAAGUACAUGUUAAUUAUAUAACAGAAUACCAAAAUAUUUGUUGAAAACAAUAAAAAAAAUCUUGUCUGCCAUGUUUAAUGGAGAAAAAACAUUUGCCUCACUGUCACAUCCAUCUCUUUUGAAAAAGAAAGUGCCCUGAGAACCAAGUAAUCAAAAAAAUUUGGCCCAAGGCAGUUAUAUAAGAUUUUACCAUUGAUCUGUUGCAUUUUGUUUUUAGAUACGAUGUGUGGAAUGCGUGUGAACAAUUUUUUUAUGACAAUUGAUGUCCUCAUAUAUACAUACCUACAUUUUUGUCAGUAUUUGUAGGAUUCUCAAUUGUAUUUGAAUAAUUAAAUUAGAAUUGAAAUCAAGUGCAAUAAUAGCUACCAAAAGGUGGUGUUCUUCCUAAAGUAAAAGGGAAGUUAUUCCCCUUUGAUAUUGUCCCGGUUGGAUCAUUUCUGCAAUCUUUUUUUUUUUUUUUUUUUAAGAAAACUGUAAUAAAAGUCACUAAUACAUGUAUAUACUAAAAAUGAAGAUUAUAAGGAAAAAAUCCAAUAUGACGAAUCAGUUGUAAAGGAAUAUGUUCAUUGUGAAUUAGUAAUAAAAAGGAAAAAGUUUUGGUGUCUGCAAGAGAAUUUAUUCAAGGAGAGAAUUUUUUUUUAUCAAGGGGGUUGUCUCAUUUGUAAUAUUGUUGAUUUGACCCCUAUGAAUAGUUUUAUUUGAAAAUGACUGGUUUCAUCUCAUUACAACACAUUGUUUGAUAUAUUGUACAUUUUCUAUAUGUUGAUAUUAAAUUGUACAGGUAAGACAAUGACUGGUUUCAUUAUUACAUAUAGAUGUAUCCGUCAUAUGAACAACAUUCUUUUUUAUAUUGUCAUAUACCACUUGUACAGUCAGGAUAUUCCAAGUCUUAAGUGCUUUUCAUUGUUGCUUUGUGAUACUUGUAUACAUAUAAUGUCAUAAUACAUAAAGAACAUCUAUACAAUGUAAUUUUGUCACCAGCAUACAACUUGAUGCCGAGAGGUCUUCUCAUGUCAUUGUAUUGAUUGGAUUUUUAUGACACUUAGAAUGGAAUCAAUUGUCUUUUUGUUAUCAUUUUUUUACUGAAAACAGAAAAAUUAACUAUAAUUUGGAAGCAACCCCCCCCCCCCCCCCUUUUUUUUUUUCGAAAACUUUUAAUGAAGUGACCAAUCUACUAGUCAUUACAUGUAUAGAUAUCAAUUUCACAAAUAUUGUGAUUUUGGUGUGUUACUUAAUGAUUAAACAUCAUUGAAAUUUAGAAAAUCAGUGAUGAGCCUUGGAAUCAUGUCCUCAUAUCUCUGCUCCCUAAAUAUUGUUAAGAUCUGCUGAAUCCUUCAUUUAUCUGAACAAAGUGAUUUUAUGUAAUAUUGCUGUUUUCUUCAUGCUUGUCACUUGAGUUUGGUUUGUCUUUCAAUCACAGAACAUCCAUUUACUAAUUCUUUGUAAAGGUUGAUAUCAGCAUACAAUGGUUAUUAUUUACAUUUAGGGUAUCUAGCCUUUUCGUUCAAGAUGUAUAACAUUUGAAGAAUGAUGAAUAUUCAGUCUUUCAUUGUAUGAUAAUGAAGUAGAACCUUAUUAUUGAAUAGUUUUUGAGUGCUGUACAUGUUAUGACCCGAGCUUUUUGUUUGUAUUUUAGAAAUCUGUUAAUCAACAUAUGUUUUCUGGUCAGAAACUACCACUUUUUUCUCUUAAUUGUUUUUGUAUUUUUGGAAUAAUAAUAAUAUGUAAUAUAUGUAAUAGAUUUAUAAAAUCAUUAUAAAAUCAUAGCCAAGGCUAUGCAGUUUCAAUCCUAGAAUCGGUAAACAUCAAUUAAAUGAAACAAAACAGUGUCAGGUAUGUUUCAUAUUUUUUAGAAAGAUACAUCUAGAAUUUUUUAAAUACAUGUACAGCCAUUAAUUUAUAUCAAAUUUGAUUCCCACUUUUUAGUUCGUAAUUGAUCAGCCCAUUUAAAGGAAAAUUCACCUGUGGUAUUCUUACUUAACUAUUUCAUUAGAAUGAUUAUCUCAUAUGGUCAGAUAAUAGCUGUGUAUUCACAAGUUAACCUAUGCUAGAUGAAAUGUUGAUCUAUGGAAUUGAAUGAAAAUUGACUGUCAAAAAAUGGACCAAGUUUUGUAAUACAUCAUCCUAUAUGUGUAAAAUACCUGGUAUUUUUGUACUAGUUUUUGACUUGUAAUAAAUUAUAAGUGUUUUUGCCGUGAUAGGUUGUAAUUUUAAAUUUAUAUGGAGAUCUGUUCUAGUAAUUCUUUUUCCUGUUGAAUAUGUAAUUGAUUUUCGCUCCAGCAUUUUUCAUUAUUUUGAAUGGAGAUUUUUUGUUGUCAUUUAAUUUUGGUAUCAUCUCCGUGAUGAUGCAAUGAGAAAUGAAAUUCUGUUAUACUUUAAUUUACCAUGCAGGCAUGAAAUAACUGUAUCCUAUUAGAUGUUUAAAUAAAGUUGUCUUAUACCUGCAGUCUUGUAGAUCAAGUUGAGCUGUGAUCCAUUGCACUGGGACUUGGUACAACUAUGGAUAUAGUUGGGUUUGGAAUUUGACAGGGCAUGAUCAAGCUGGCUAUGAAUUUGUGUAUAAUACCUAUAAAAUGGGGAAGGGCAUGAUCAAGCUGGCUAGGAAUUUGUGUAUAAUACCUAUAAAAUGGGGAAGGGCAUGAUCAGGCUGGCUAGGUGUAUAAUACCUAUAUAAUGGGGAAGGGCAUGAUCAGGCUGGCUAGGUGUAUAAUACCUAUAUAAUGGGGAAGGGAGUUUGUACCAAGUCCCUGUGAUCCAUUGUUAAUGCUUGUUAUCUGUUAAACUACAUUGUGUAGAUAUAUUUGUUAACAAAACAUCAAGAGAUGACCAUAAUUGAUACUUUUAUCAUAUCAGAUUGUUGAUACAGAGAACAGUAAUGACAAAGAACUUUAAUGACAAUCUUGAUAGAUGUAUUAAAUGUGUAUUAUUGUUGAUAAUUUGUGAACAUGUACAACCCACCUUCUGACCAGACUACCAAACAUGUUAAAAUAUAUAGGAAACUUCGCAGAAUCUCUAAUUGAAUUAAUGUUCACUGAAUUAACGUUAAAAUUACAAUUGUUUGGCUGUUUUUUGCUUUUACUCUCCAACAACAGGUGAAUUCAGAGCUGGAAAAAAUGCUAAGUUUCUUUGUUGAAAAAGUUAACAUAUUAAAUAAAUAUUUAUGAUGGUAAAUAUGUGGAACUGAAACGAUGUAGGUUCAAAUAUGUUGUUGUUAGGAAUGUAAGUGAAAGGAUUUGAUGAAUAUGAUGAUGAGCAACUUAAACAUAAAAUCAUUAAUACUUCAUCACCAACUAAUCAUGAAUUUUGGCCCUAAAGUGAUUUUAUGGCAUUAUGUAUCUGAACUGGACCUAACAUAGUUUAUCGCUGGUCGAAAGUAGCUCAGUGAAAUCCAGGUGUCAGUGGUGCUGGGUUCAAAUCCCACACUGACCAUUAUUUUACUGUUAAUACCGGACUGAAUGAGUCUUUGGUAUGGACCAAUGAAGUAAGAAAUCUCAUUUACACUUAAUGUGAUGUCUGCUGACGCUUAUACACAUUUGUAUAUAUAUCUAAACAUCACAUGAAUUGCUUUAUAAAUCAUAAUGAAUAAAAUAACCAUUAAACUUGAA